UAGUCCUUCAUUUAAAGGAAGUUUGUAGUGUUUACUUUGUAAUCGCUGUAUUCCUAUUUGACAUAGUACAAAACAAGAUGUUUACUCACUUCCUCGUAAGUCCAAUGGCCCCACAGUAAAUAUCCACGGUGAAUGGGAACCUUUUGAAACUCCAAAAAGGCGCAUACGCCUCUCCCUCAUACAGAAUGAUUUUUCUGCAGCCGUUUGGCUGGCGUGAUGCGAAAAAUAAACGUAUUAAUCCGCAAAAUCAGCUGAAUCCUUCGUCCUCAUACACAACAGUACACUGUAGCGUGAAGAGGACGUCUUCUACCGUACACGUCACAGCGCCCUCCUCCUCAAUGCAAGACCGAAGCCGCAAGUCACUCAUUUUCCUGGCGCGGGAUUCAAAAAACUAAAUAAAUAUAGCGAUCGCUUCCACACACAUCCAAGCGGUCCAUAUCAUUCAGGGGCAUAAAAUACCACGUGUAUUAUGAAAUAAACAUGCUUUUUCGUGUCACAGGCACUUUAAAGGCCCAUUGUCAAAGAAACAUUAUUAUUUAGUAAGGCGACAGCACCCUCUGGUGUACAAAAAAUGAAAAAACAAAAAACAUUUUACAAACUGGGUGACGGCGCUUGAGGUGCUAAUUCACGGCCGACGUGCAGCCAAGCUUGGCAUUGAAAAGACAGGACAGAAGAGUGUACCCUCCUUUGUUUCUUUGAAAUAAGUCAAUGUUUUGGACACUCUGGUGCGCUUUUUUGGCUUUGUGCCGCUUUCCCCGCUUGCAAACAAAGUAUCCGACAUUCUGAACUUUCCGCACAUAUAUUUUUUUAACCCUUCAUUAACCGUCGACGGGGAUGUUGUGCUCGUCGACGGAUUUACGUCAUCGAUGACGUCGACUAUGUCGACUAGUCGGGACAGCUCUAUUCAGAACCUCCCCUAAAUGAAGCGAGCCUCGGCACACACUUCGCGGAAACGUCCCUUCAUUAAUCGACACACCCUUCGGAACUGGUCAUACCAGUUGAACCAAAUAUCUUCCGACUUGUACAGUACCUGAAAUAAUUUUCUGCCACUUGAGUCAUCAUAUGUUGAAGUCACUAACAGGACCUUCGGCGAGUGGAGUAUUAGCCAAAACGAACAACUGCAGUUCGACAUUCCGAACUUGUGCGCUGAGACAAACGCCGUCUUCUCAAAAACCAUGGCUGAAAGUAUGGAGGACCAUCUUCAAUGUCCCACCUGUCUGGACGUCUUCAGAGAUCCUGUCAUGCUGCCAUGCAGUCACAAUUUCUGCCAUGCGUGUCUGCAGGAGUGGAAGGACGCAGGAAAACAAUCGUGUCCAGUCUGUAGGACAGAGUUUAGGUCGCUGGAUGUCCCUCCGAACCUGGCACUGAAGAAUCUGUGUGAAAACUUUUCUCUAGCCUCAAUCAAGUCAGAGGACAUAUGCAGCAUGCACCAAGAGGAACUCAAACUCUUCUGUUUGGACCACCGGGAGAUUGUGUGCAUCAUCUGCAGAGACUCAGAAAUCCACGUUGGUCACACGUUCCGGCCCCUCAAAGAAAUUGUGAAAGGUCAUCAUGAGGAACUCAAGGAAGGCCUGCAGAAGGCCAAGGAAAGACUCCAAGAUUACAAAGAUUGUCGAGGGAACUGCAAUGAACAGGCAAAGUACAUCAAAGUCCAGAGGGAGAAUGUCGAACGCAAGAUUAAGAAGGAUUUUGAGGAGCUCCGGCGCUUUCUCGACGUCGAGGAGGAGGCCAGGUUAGCUGCAGUCAGGGAGGAAGAGCAGAAGAAGAGUAAGAUCAUAAAGGAGAAGAUUGUGGUUCUUGGCCAACAAAUGACCGCACUCUCGGAUGUCAUCAGAAGCACUGAGGAGCAGCUGGCGUCUGGCAAUGUUUCUUUCCUGAAGAACUUCAAGACUGCGAUGAGCAGAAUCCAGGAGAUGCCUGAAAAGCCGCAGCUGCUGCCAGGUGGUCUGCUGGAUGUAGCCAAACACGUGGGCAACCUCAAAUUCAAGGUAUGGGAGCUAAUGAAGGAGACGCUCGCCUACAGUCCCGUCAUUCUGGACCCCAACACGGCCAAUCCAAGAAUCAGUCUGUCUGAUGAUCUGACCAGUCUGAGUUGGGAAGACGUAGAGCAGGAGCGUCCAGAAAAUCCAGAGAGGUUCCAGACGUGGCGGUCUGUGCUGGGUGCUGCUUUGGACUCGGGAAGACACGUGUGGGAUGUUGAGGUGGGAGACACCAAUUCCUGGGCAGUGGGGAUCAAGUGGGGGGACCCUUGUUUGCCAGAGAAAAUGAUUGGUUGGCUCAUUGGAUUUCGUGAUAGGAAAUACAAUAUUCCCAGUUUCGAAUAUGGAGCAUGGAAUCCGCCUGUCAAAUUGCAGAGGAUCCGAGUUGAAGUGGACAUAAAUGAGAGCUCAUUGUCCUUCUCCGAACCUCUUACAAACACCGAAUUGUGGAAUUCUGAGAAGAACUUUCAAUGGCCAGAUUUGUCCAGGAACACAAAAAUAUAUCCUUACUUUCACACAAUAUGUAAAAUUCCUCUAAAGGUAAUCCUCAUUCCACCUGGUGUUACGACUGACAUCAGUUUGCAGUCAUGUUGACACAGCUUGAUUUUUUUUGCUUUGAAUGUCAUCUGAAUCAUUCCUUUCUGUGAGACAAUUUUAUUCAUGCUUUAAACACACCCAUCAUACAUCAACAUUGUAGCAUAGAGCAUCUUUGUUAUACUAACGUGUUUGAGUGUGCCUUCCCUUAGCUUUGACUGUUGUAGACUGUAUCACAAUAUGCCCAAAUAUGGACUGUUAUGUUCCUGUGUUUUCCAAUAUGCCCUGAAUGAAUACAAUGGGCAACUGUGGCUUAUCAGACUGAGCUCAUCAUUGUUCUAGCCAGAGCCGGUGUAAAGCACAUAGUUUCGCCCUGACCACUGAUAGUUGGACGUCCCGUGCUACAGAGUGCUACUACCUAACUGUGACGGUCCACUAUAAUUCAUACCUGUCAAAUUGUACAGUCUCGUCGUAAUUUGUACAAGUGAGCACUGAUUUUUAAAUGCGUACGCCGUACGUUACGUUCAAAAUCUGCACGUUUUUCGUGCAUUACGUUUGCUUUUUUUUCAUCCGUUCGGAUUUGGUCACCGUUUCUGCAACGAGACAAUGUUCGUUAAUACGUUGGUUGAAUAACCCGAGAAAAGUCAGAGACACGGACAGGGAAGAGUGUUUGUUGAGACGCUGUAGCAAACGCGAUGCUAGGCCAGGUGGCUCCAAUAUUUCCUGACUGUAGCCGACAGAAUACACUCUACGCCUAGAUAUCUCAUGCAUAUAGAACUACACGCGAAAUGACAGACUCGGUAGCGUUAGUAAACAACCGCCAUUUUAGAGCAGUAAACUUCUCAGAAAGGCUCUGUUGUAGUAAACCUUACGAGCGAACCUAAGCAACUUUUUAUCUAAAAUACUCCUAAAUCGGCAAAAUCUUGACUUGAGUCUAUCUUUAAAGGAUGAAACAGUUUUAAAAUUUUCACAUGUCGAAAGUAGACAGAAGGGAACUAAUGCAAAAACGGGAGCAAUUAUAUCAACUUUAACGGUUGAUUCACAACAUUAAAUGACCUCCAAACAUAGCAAAGGUUACUAUGUUUUGGGGUUUGUGUUUUUUGUUUUGUUUUUUUUAUGAAAAAAAAAAAAAAAAAAAACAUGAAAGGUAUCACCAGUUACUUUGCCAAGUAACUUUUUUACUACUGUGUGUGUAUUUCAGUAGUCAGUCACUACACUAGCCAAAGAGCUAAGAGGCAUUUUAACAGUCGAAAAUGUUUACAUUUUAAGUGUUUAUUUCAUUUUUUUUAAAGCAAAAUAAAGGCAGUGUAAAAAAAUUUUUAAAAAAGCAAAACGCGAACCGAAACCGUGAUCCCAAAACCGAGGAUCAAACCAAACCGUGGGCUAACUGAACCGUGGUGUUAUGACAGGCAAGCAACAACAAACAGACAAAACGGUCGUGAUCAAUUAAUAAACGUAUUAAAUUGCCAGAAAGGGUCUCCUUAUCCGUCGGAAUACCGAUGCAGGCAAAUCAUCGGUUCUGUUACUAUUGGAUCUCAGCGCCGCAUUCGACACGGUUGAUCACAACAUACUACUCAGCGGAUUGGAACAGUGGGUAGAGGGCUUACUGACACUAUUCUUCAGUAGUUCACAUCCUAUUUACAUGAUAGGGAUUUCUUUGUGUCAAUCGGAAACUAUCAGUCAGAACGAACCAAAUUCACGUGUGGAGUCCCUCAGGGGUCAAUUCUUGGACCACUCUUAUUUAACGUCUAUAUGCUUCCGUUAGCUCAGAUAAUGGAACAGAAUGACAUCUCCUAUCACGCCUAUGCAGAUGACACACAACUGUACAUUUCUGUGUCCCUACAUGAUUAUGGUAAAUGGUGUUAUACUUAUAUAGCGCUUUUCCACCUUUCAAGGCGCUCAAAGCGCUUCACACUAUAUUGUUAUAGUCCCUUAGUCUCCCUGAGUAAAUGCAUUCAUCAAAUCAAUGAAUGGAUGUGCCAGAAUUUUCUCCAGUUAAAUGCUGAGAAGACAGAGGUGAUCAUUUUUGGGCCAAAAAAGGAAAGGUCAAAGAUAAGCAGGGAACUUAGCACAAUGUCACUUACAGCUACAAAUCAAGUCAGAAACCUUGGCGUAAUUAUUGAUUCAGACCUAAAAUUUGAUUGCCAUCUAAAGUCCGUCACUAAAUCCGCUUAUUACCACCUAAAAGAUAUAACCAGAAUUAAGGGGCUUCUGACUCAACAAGACAUGGAAAAACUUAUGCAUGCAUUCAUUUUCAGCAGAUUGGACUAUUGCAACGGUAUAUUUACAGGUGUUGAUAAAAAAUCAGUCAGGAAGCUGCAGUUAGUACAGAAUACUGCAGCCAGAGUCCUCACAAAUACAAGGAAGCUGGACCACAUUACACCGGUUUUGAAAUCGCUACACUGGCUUCCAGUGAGUCAAAUGAUAGACUAUAAAAUACUACUGCUCGUCUACAAAACACUUAAUGGCCUUUGGACCAAAAUACAUGCUUGACUUGUUAGAUUCCUAUGAGACAUCUAGACCCCUAAGGUCGUCUGGAACCGGUCUUCUGCAUGUUCCAAGAACAAGAACAAAGCAGGGUGAGGCAGCAUUUAGUUAUUAUGCUCCUCACCUCUGGAACAAGUUACCUGAACGUCUGAAGUAUGCUCAAACUGUUAGCUCUUUUAAAUCAGGGCUAAAAACUAGUAGUUUUUGUCUUAUUUUUAUUUCUGUUUCAUUUUUAUUUAUUUAUUUUUUAUUCAAUUUGUGAUUAAAUGCGAUCUUUUGUCUUGGUUUUUACGUUGUAUUGAUUUAAAUGUGAUUUUUAUGAUCUUCAUGUGAUGUAAAGCACUUUGAAUUGCCUUGUGUUGAAUUGUGCUAUAUAAAUAAAUUUGCCUUGC